AUGAUCGAAAGACUAAGAAAUUACACUUAUUAUUUUUCGGCCAAAAAAAGACUGAAUGAGUUUUUGGCUCAGGAAGAGCGAAACGACCAGCAAAAAAAUCUUCUCAUUCCGGAACCAAUUACCCAAAUAGAAUUAAAAAAAGUCUCUUUUGCUUACCGAGAAAAUAAAUAUGUCCUGAAAAAAUUAGACAUCAAGUUUAGCAAAGGACAAGUAAAUUAUUUAACUGGCGCCAAUGGUUUUGCAAAAAUUGCUUAUGCGGAACACGAAAAUCUCAUUGAAAAUGGUUUAUCAACCGGCCAAAAACAAUUAGCCGACUUAAAUAGCCUUUUCACCAAUAGUGAAAAUAAGGAAGUGUUCAUUUUUGAUGAAGCGGAUAAUGCUUUGGAUGAAAAUAACAAAAAAGAAUUUCGCGAAAAAAUAACUAAAAUUAGCAAAAAGAAAUUAAUAUUAGAAGAUAUUGAAGCCCAAUUACGGAAACUUAUCAUGGAAAAGAAAGAAUUGAAAAAGAAAUUUUCGGAUAAACUGAAAGAAUUAGCCAAACAGGAAAAAGAAAAUAGAGGAUGA